UGCGUGCGGGCUUUGCUGGGAUUCGGUGUGCGCAGGAGCGGGUGCAGGAGCGGGUGUGGGUGUGGCUCGGCGGGCGGUGGUGAGGAAGUUGAUAGGGAGAAGGAGCGAGGAAUAGGGGUCGACUGGCUGGCUGGCCCACAGUGCACCCACUCCAUCAUCAGCUGCUCUACGGGGAUUCGGGUCUUGCGAAGACGACUACGGGAUGACGAUGAUGAUAACUAUGAUGAUAUAGAAUAUAACAAACAAUAACAAAACAAAAGCGUAAGAGAUCUAGACAUAGGUAGAUGCACAUGCAGAGCUCAUCUUCUCCAAACAUCCCCAGCACUUCCCCUAAUGAACACCCGCUGGCUGGUUACCAGCAGCCAGCCCAGGUGACAAGCCUCAAUAUCGCUCCUGGGUGCAUGACCUUUGCUUACCUGCUGUUUCCCUUCGUUGUACGCGCAAAAAGAAAAGAGCUUCGAAUAUCAAGCAUCGUGCAGCGCUGGAGCAUGAACACCGCGUGUAAAAGGGAAGGACCUGCCGAGCCAACGCACUCUUCUCGCUGCAGGAGCUCUCGUGGGGUUCUGAGCACUUGGUCUAUGGCUGAAACUGCCAGCGAUGGUCUAGUCUGCUGCCAGCUAUACUCGACAGAGUUGACUGCCAGCACUAUCGUCUUGUCCGUCGUCUGGCCUGCGACCUUGACCUUGCUCCUCCCAACCACCACGCCCUCCACGCUUCCCCAUCUCCCAACCAGCUCACACCUCCACCCCCCUCAGCACCCGCGCAAGACACCCACCUCAGCAAACCAUCAAACAGGCAACGAGCAGCAAUCUCUGCAAAUCCUGCGCCUCCAAAAAAAAAUCCGCCUAUCUCAAAGCGGUAAUCAUAGCACCCGCUCACAACUCUGAUCAUCAUCUCAUUGACCGUCCAUCCAACCUGCCUGCCUCUUUGGGCAAUCAUAUUGAAUUUCCCUCGUCCAUCUCCCUCCACCGCGCGGCCUUUUGCAACUGCGCCCGACUAAAAAGCAAAAGCAUAGGCGAGAUGCAAAUCCAAAGCCUGCCGGAUUACAGACAACCCACUA